CUAUUCUUAGCUGUUUAAAAUCAAGAGUAGAACAGCCUGAUCCCCCUCUAAUGGGAGAAGUCUUGCAGCAUCUCAGUGGCCUGAAAGUUUAGUUUGAUGAUAAAAGCAACAUAGUUAUUUUUAGCACUCUACAGGCAUAAAAAUACAGCUCUAAACUGUGACCUACAGCUAUGCACAGCCGAGCAUCACAUCAUACGACAGCCUUAACUUUAGAUAGAAGCACGUCUGCAGUUGCUUCAGACUAUCAUUAUUCAUCUCACUACCAACAAUACCUUUGGAUGGAUUUAGCAACAAGCAUUUGAGACUGUUACCAUCUUUUUUUAAAUUGCUGCCAUCGGCAGAACUCAAUUCAAAAGCAGUAGUAACAGUCUGGAAACAGGAUAUGCUAGAAUAAGAGACCUUCAAGCAAACUCACCUGAAACAACACUGUUCAGACAACUGCAAAGCUUAAAAAUGCCACUUUUUGGCUGGAUGAAAUGGUCAAAAAAUGACUCCUACAAAUCCACAAGAUAUCCUGGAUCAGAAGUAGUUACAAAAACCCUACUGAGGGAAUUGAAAUGGCACCUGAAAGAACGUGAAAGAUUACUGCAAGAAAUUGAAAAUGAACAAAAACUCCAGAAGACUGGUAUGGAUUACAACUGGCUGAAGAACUACCAAAACCCUCAAGCAACAAUUCCAGCUACCGAGCAACGCCAGCUCGAAGUUCUGUGUUCACAAAUCCAGCCCUGCCAAACAGGAACUGUUCUCAGCAGAUUUCGUGAAGUUUUGGCAGAAAAUGAUGUUUUACCUUGGGAAAUAGUCUACAUAUUCAAGCAAGUGUUAAAGGAUUUUCUUACUACCAUUGAGAGAGAAAACCAGCAAGACCACCUGGUAGAUGCAUGGAAUACAAAUGGCUCUGAGUAUUUCAGCCUGCACGGACACAGUUCUAACAAAUCGGACAAAGAUGAAAUCCCCACAGUUUCACGUUAUGUCGACAAAACCACACAAAGCAUGUUUCCCACCUUCUCUCAUAGAAUCUGGAACCUGCCAUAUUACUACCCGUCAAGUUAAGCCAGCUUGUGUUUAUUUCAAAAAAGCUAUGUAGCCUUUCGCAUUCCUUUCUUGUGAUUGCCAUCCACAAACACAGGAAUAAGAAAUGUGACAUGCUCCCUUUCUUUCCAAGUUCAGAAAUUAAAAUAAUUGAUUAUAACUAGUAUGCAGUAAACAACCUUUAAAUAUGAACUCUCCUUUUAUCUUUAUAGUUCCUUAAAUAUGUUGUGUUUGAAAGCACCUUUUAACCAAAAACAUUAAUCUUCCUGAAAAAAACUCCAAAGCAUUUUAUUUUUGCGCCAUAUACAGCUAGAUGUAUUUAAAAAAGAAAAGACUGUUUUCCAUACUUCGAAAUAGCAUCCAUCCACAAAGUGUUAAGCAAAAACUUCUGUAUUUGUCACAUAGCUUUUAGGCUCUAUGGGAACUUUAUAACGUGUAAGACAAAUGGUUUAAUAUAAUAUCAGUUAUACCAAAUAAACUGGUGAAUACUUUUUGGAGCUGAAUAGUUAUUUCUUAACUUCAAGAAUAGGUUCUAAAAUGAAAACAAUGUCAGAAGUUAUAACACAUUGCAUGCACUUUUUCUAUACUUUUUCCAAACUGUACUCUGCACAUGCUGAAGUACUGUGAAGGUAGAUAACAAAAUUAAAGCAUCCAGUAUUUAACAUCAAACAACUA